UGCGCACACAGCUCUGCGCGGCAAACAAAAAUGUCAAAAAUUUAGUCAAAUCCAAAACAAAUUGUUUAAUGAGUUCUAGACCAUCCAGCCGCGGAAGUGGCGAUUCAGGAACAGCACAGCUACUCCUCCGAAAGCUUUGCUGUAAAAUUACCGGCUUGUCAGAAAAUGAUGUACAACCAUAUCUACAGCGAGCCUAUACAGUCCUGGGAAGCAACUACAGUACACCAGCUGAAAGUGAUGAGUUUCAAGUUUCAGAAAGAAUAAGGCGAAGACUGGUGAGGCGAGGAAGGGAGAAGGAUGCCAUCACAUUUGCUGAGUUACACAGGAAACUACAGUCUCAAGGUCUUGUGAAGAACAGAUGGGCAAUAUUAUACUUGCUUAUGUCCUUGAGUGAAAGUGAAUCAAAAUAUUCAAAAGAUAAGGCUAGUAGUUCUUUAUUCAGUAGAGGUUUACCAAGUUACGCUACCUCCACCCCAUUCAAUGCAGCUGCUCGUCGCCCUCUCAGUACCCCAUCAGAUCAUGGGAAAAGCAUUUCUCAGAUGUCAAGUAACACCUCAGCUAGCAGUGGUAUCAGCAGUAUACACAGUGGAGCAAGAAGUAAUGAUCCCACCCCAGUACCACAGUCUUUCUUGCCCAGUACAACAUUUGAAGCCGUGGAUGGAGAUAGGUCACGCAGACAUGGACCAAUGUCCAGAUUGGUAGGAGCAAUAUCCAGAAAUGAUCCAGCUUCAGAUACUGCUCUAGUACCAAGAAGUGGUCGAGGACACUCAGCAGGUGUGAUUAAAGUACAAGGAGAAAAUACAAGUUUUGAGAUACCGGAAUCUGAGCUUGUGAAAGAUUUGGUGUAUGUUUUCCAAGGAAUUGAAGGAAAGUGGAUCAAGUUUGAUGUCUCGAAAGAUGCUUACAAAGUGGAUGCUCAGGCUGGGAUACCAAAAGCAAUAAGACAGCUUGUCAGUAAAUUAGCCGAGUGUGGUUGGUUGUUUAAUAAGGUGAAGAAUUAUGUUGAGACAAGAAGUGCUGAUAAAACAUUUGGACUUGUUGGACAGAGUUUUUGUGCUGCUUUGCAACAAGAAUUGACAGAGUAUUACAGACUGGUUGCUGUGCUAGAAUCUCAGUUGCAGGAAGAGUUAGAUCAGGGUAUAGGAAUGAGUAAUGCUGGAGUCACAUUGAGACGACUUGUUGUGUGGACAUUUGACCCUUUAAUACGACUUAAAAGUCUUGCUGCUAUGGUCGAUGUUUGUAAAGGGAAGAAGGGAGGGGCAUUAGCAUCAGCUAUAUAUUCUUACAUGCAGCAUGGUGACCCCUUUGUUAAGUCUCUCAUCAAACACAUCCUUACCAUGGUGUCACAGCCUAUAUAUGCUACACUGUUGAGAUGGAUAUAUGAUGGAGAGUUGGAGGACACACAUGAUGAGUUUUUUGUUGCUGCUGACCCAACUGUGAAGAAUGAUAAACUAUGGCAUGAUAAAUACAGUUUAAGAAAAUCCAUGAUUCCUACAUUCAUUACCACAGAGCAGGCAAAAAGGAUACUGUUGACAGGAAAAUCGAUCAAUUAUCUGCGACAAGUAUGCCAAGAUAGAUCACCCACCAAAGGUCGAGAGGCAGCUAUGGCACUUGAUAUGAGUCAAGCUGAGUGGAUGUUCACACAAGACUUGAGUAACAACUUCCUGGAUAUGAUAGACACAGUGUACAAGGAGACAAGUAGACAUCUGCUAGAUGUUCUACAUGCUAAAUACAAGUUCAUGGACCAUCUUAAGGCUAUGAGAAGGUAUCUGCUACUAGGUCAAGGUGACUUCAUUCGUCAUUUAAUGGAUCUACUGGAAGAAGAUCUUGCCAAGCCUGCCUCAAAUCUGUACCUUCACAAUCUGACCGGCAUACUGGAAACUGCUAUAAGAGGAACAAAUGCUCAGUUUGACGACUCUGAUAUACUGAAACGAUUAGAUGUCAGGUUGCUAGAGGUGUCACCAGGUGAUACAGGUUGGGAUGUCUUCAGUCUGGACUAUCAUGUUGACGGACCAAUCAGAACAGUGUUCACCCCGGAAUGUAUGAUUAUGUAUCUGAGAGUGUUCAACUUUUUGUGGAGAGCAAAGCGUAUGGAGUACGUCCUGUCACUGAUAUGGAAAAAUCAAAUAUUCAAUGCCAAACUUCUGCAGACUAUACCUGAAUUAUCCAAGAUAUUACACCAGUGCCACAUGUUGGGAAGUGAGAUGGUUCACUUUAUACAGCAGACACAGUAUUACAUCAGCUUUGAGGUGCUUGAAUGUUCUUGGCAUGAGUUGUUGAGUAAAGUACGUGAAGCGGAAGAUUUAGACUGUGUUAUAGCCGCCCACGAGACAUUCCUCGAUACAAUCAUCACAAGAUGUCUGUUAGACGAGCAGUCUAGGUCGGAGACUGGAGAAUAUAUAACAUACCAGGGUAUCUUGACUCAGUUGCGGACCAUAUUUGACCUGAUAAUAGACUUUCAGCAGGCGCAGGAUUCCUUCUAUCAGAUGGCACAGCAAGAAUUGAUGGCAAGGCAACAUUUCAUUAAGAUGCAAAAACAAAGAACAAAUCAGGGAGAUUGGGGAUUGACAGAAGAAAUGGAAGAAGAAGAGAGGAAAAGACGAGUGGAAUUUCUUAAAACCGUGAUACCUUCAACACGAGCCAAGCUUGUUGUCUUAGCCCAGUCAUACCAGGAUAUGGUAGGUGUACCUUUACACUCUUUGACUGAUGGGUCAGUCAGUAAACAGUUUAAAUAUAUCAGGGGUAAUUUCAGGAAUGAUUAUUCAUUGCUCGUUUGUAAACUGCUAGAAUUUCCUUGUAAAUAUACAGUAUAUUUACAGAUACAUAAUAUUCCAAUAGUUAAAGGUACAGGUUGA